AUGAAGUUCACCACCAUUGCCGCCUCCGUCCUCCUCAGCGGCUUCGCUGCUGCCGACGACAUCCAGUCCAAGCCCUUCAAGCUUGUUCUCGACUCCGAAGACGGAAAGAUCAACGGCAAGAGCCUUUCCGCCUGCCACUCCGGCGCCGCCAUCGAGGCCCUCUGUCUCGGCGACGCCUCCAACAGCCAAUACACCAGCUACUACUUCAACACCACCGAGGGUAGCACCAGCCCUGUCGAGGGCUACACUACCUCCGGCAAGCUUGUCUGGAACCUCCCUAUCCAGCCCCAGCCUGAGUCGGAGGCCAUGCUGUUCUCCUACGACCCUUCCACCAACGUCGCCCACCCUCUGUUCGAGCCCUCCUACUCCGCUACCUACGUCGCUUUUGGCGAGGAGGACAACGAGAUGGCCAUCUUCAGCUACGUCGACGACACCGUCAACCCCCCCAAGGCCGGUAACUUCAAGGCGCUCAAGCAGUGGUACGCCUGCACCACCUACUACACGGGCUACACCUACCAGACUCUCAACUGGGUUGUCGGCAAUGGCAAGCCCCAGAACCCUACCUGCGUCAAGACCGAGGUCAAGCGUGUCUUUGUCUAA